GACCCUCCGCUCCCGACGGCGGACCCGAACCCCGGGUGGACGCGCGCGCCGUGGUCGGGCGUGGUCCAGCCGCCCGCGUCCGCCUCGUCCGCGGCGAUGAUGCCGCCGCCGCCGCCCCGGCCCAGGGCGCCGAGCGCGGACGACGAGGAGGUCCAUCGGCGGUUCGACCGCGCGGCGCUCUUUCAGCCCGCGGAUAUCUCGGCGUACUUCGACGAGUGCGCGGACGUGCGCGUCGGAGGGGGCGACGUGUUCAGAGUCCGGACCGCCCGCGGGGCGACCCGCGGGGCGACCCGCGGGCGGGGGCGCGCGUCGAUCGCCGCGCUGUGCCUGCACGGGUGCGCGCUCUCGGGGGCGUCGUUCGCCCUCUUCGCGCGGCGACUCGCCGAUCGCGGCGGCGAAAACUUUCGCGUGGACGCGUUGGACCUCCGCGGGCACGGAUCCACGCGCACCGCCGACGACCGCGACCUCUCCCUGGAUACCAUGGCGAGGGACGUCGCGGACGUGUGCGCGCGGCUGUACCGCGACGACGACGCGACGACGAACGAGGAUGGGAACACGAACGUGCAGGUGGUGCUGGUGGGGCACUCGAUGGGCGGCGCGGUGGCCGCGAGGGUGGCGCAGCUCGACCUCGUGAGGAAUCUGCGCGGGGUCGUCGUCAUCGACGUCGUCGAAGGCACGGCGCUGGCGUCGGUGAGGGGCGAGGCGAUGCGCGCCGCCGUCGCGUCGCGCGCCGGCAAAACCUUCGCGACGAUCGCCGACGCCGUCGAGUGGUGCGUCCGGGUGGCGAGGACGACGUCAAACGUCGAGUCCGCGCGUGCCUCGACGGCGCACGCGUUGGUCCCCUCGCGGCGUGACGACGCGGGGGACGGAGGAAGCGAAGGGGGGGACGGGGCGCGCGGGUGGACGUGGAGGGUGGACGUGGCGAAGAUGUCCGCGUACUGGGAGGGUUGGUACGAGGGCAUGGGCGAGCGGUUCCUGCGCGCGAGAUGCGCCAAGCUGUUGGUGCUCGCCGGGACGGACAGGCUCGACGACGCGCUGACGGUGGCGCAGAUGCAGGGGAAGUUUCAGACGGUGGUGUUCCCGAACGCGGGGCACGCGGUGCACGAGGACGAGCCGGAGAGGUGCGCAGAGGCGGUGCUGGGGUUCGCCGCUAGGUACGCGAGUUCUUCUUGACAUAAAUAUCGCAUU